AUGGUGUUUAUCGGAGAUGCCAUCUUUCCGGGCGCGAAUGAUUAUCCGGUCAAGGAAGCCGGUGUCAAGACGGUGCUUGUGCGUGACCCGGAUGACACCCUGAAGGCGAUUGCGGCCAUCAUCGCGUGUCUACAAACUGUUCACGAUCUUGCCCAGACCAAUAUCCGGGUGGGGGUGGACACGCCACUUGAGACCAUCCAUCACGCCACCACCUCGAUUCUCUUUCACGUUUCUCAUGCAAAGCUGCCGCAAUCCAAACUCUCGCUUCACAGCUACGAACUCAAUCACACAGCGACGUCUCUUCUUUUGCCUACACAGCUCCGUCACCGCCAGAGAGUCACCUCUACACUUCCAUUCACCGCCCGAAUAGCAUCAGGCCACCGCCGUGCGGCUGGCCUCGCCAAACAACCCAUGUCCAUUCCCACUCACAAGACUGUCGGCGCCGCGGUGCGCACGUUUCCCAUCCUACUGAAAUGGGGGCUGUCUACGCGCCCCGGCGCGCCCGCAUACCCGAUUGGCGGCUCCUGGCAAGCCCGCCAAGGAGCGGGACAAGUUGCUGUGCUCGGCAACGAGGAGAAGCGCGCGUGCGUGCGGGCCAACGCGCCGACGCUGUUCCACGACCUCGGCGUCGUGGCGUUUGACGGGUGCUCGUACCAGCAGGCGCGGCGGGUCGGCGAUAUUCUUGCCCGCGUGGUGGCGCUGCGGACGGCAGCGGCGGUGCUGGGGCCCGAGGAGCGCGAGGAGCGCGCGGUCGAGGCGUUCGAGGUGUUUCCAGCGCUCUGGAAGCUCGAGGAGGAGACGUGGGGGCAUCGCCUGGGGAAGGAGCAUGAUUGA